AUGGAUAGUAAUUCUAAAAAACAACGAGGAAAAGUAAAUUUGGAUGUACCCACUACUAAUUAUUAUGCUCCUUUAAUGCAAAUUAGCAUUUGUGAUGGUAUGGAUAGUGAAAAUAAUGAUAAUUCAAUUGCAAAUACUAAUAAUCCAAUAAAGAAUUUCCAACAAAUUGAUAAUAACAUUAAUAGUAACCCUAAUUUGAAUUUAAGUAAUUCUAAUACUAACAUCAAUAAUAUUACAAAUACUAAAGAAUCAAAUAUGAAUUCAGGUAAUAAUAAAAACCUAAUUACACUUGAUGAAAUUAUAAAUCUUACAAAUGAAAUUCUGUCCAAGUUAAGUCUCUGCACUAAUAAACAACAACAAUUUUGUGUUAUUACUGAAUUAGCAACAAAAUAUUUAUAUAAUAAUCAUCUUAAAAUUGUCACAUGGAAUGCCAGAUCAUUCUACAAAAAAAGAAUUGAAACUUUUAAUUUCUUAAAAACAUAUGAAGUUGAUAUUGCCUUAAUUAGUGAAACAUGGUUAACUUCAAAAGAUAAAAUCAACAAUGAUUACUAUCACAUAUACAGAGUUGAUCGUGGUUCCGCGAGGGGAGGUGGAGUAGCUAUAAUUAUUUCAAAACGCUUAAUUUAUUCACAGAUAAGCAGAAAUUAUUUAAUUGGGGGAGACCUUAAAGCCAGAAAUAGAUUCUGGGGAUGUAAUAGAGCUAAUGGCUGGGGAAAUAUUUUGAAUGAUCUAAAUACUAGAGAUGACAACUUUUGUAUCCUUUUCCCACCAGAUCCUACAUACAUCCCAUCUAAUGAUACUUGUAUGCCAUCUGUUAUUGAUCUUUUUCUUACAAAUAAUUCUAAUUUAUUUACACAGCCGGUAACCCUUAAUAAUUUAUCGUCUGACCAUCUACCUGUAUGUAUUGAACUAGAUAGUACCUAUCAAAUAUCGGUUCCUACUAAGGCGAUUAAGACAUUCAAUAAACCAUUUCCUACGUCUAUACAAACUCUAAUUAAUACAAGAAAUGUUAUUAGAAGAAAAUGGAUUAAAUUCAGAACACAGAAAUAUAGGUUGGAAUAA